GUUAUAAAAGGCCUUAAGGCAAUUCAUCAAAAACAUCUAGUACAUUGUGAUUUUCAUGCAGGAAAUAUACUACUAAAUACGAAUUAUAUAUAUGAUGUUAGAUUUCAUACUUAUAUAUUUAUUUCAGAUAUGGGAUUAUGUAAAGAAGUUCAUGAUGUCAAUCAAAGUAAUAUUUAUGGAGUUAUACCUUAUGUAGCGCCUGAAGUGUUAAAGGGAAAACCUUAUACUCAAGCAGCAGACAUAUAUAGCUUUGGCAUGAUUAUGUAUUUUAUAGCAACUGGAGGACAACCUUUUGCUAAUUGUGCACAUGAUGAAAUUUUAGUAUUAAAUAUUUGUGAUGGAAUUAGACCUGAAAUAAAAGAACCAGUAGCACCAAAAUGUUAUAUUGAUUUAAUGAAAAGAUGUUGGGAUCCAAAUCCGGACAAUAGACCAAAAGCAACUGAAUGUUAUGAA